AUGAAGAAACUCGUAUUUGCAACGAACAAUGUCCAUAAGUUGGCAGAGCUACAAGCUAUACUUGGCGAUAGCUUUGAGCUUAUGAAUCUCAAAGAUAUUAAUUGCUUUGAUGAUAUUGAGGAGACAGCAGACACAUUGGAGGGGAAUGCUUUGAUUAAAGCGAGGUAUGUCUAUGAGAAAUAUGGUUAUUCUUGUUUUGCUGAUGACACAGGUUUAGAGGUAGAGGCUUUGGGUAAUGCUCCUGGAGUACAUACCGCUCGUUAUGCUUAUAAUGAUAGAAAUGAUACAGAAGCUAAUAUCUCUAAGCUCUUGACAGAAUUAGAGGGCAUAGAGGGGGAGAAUCGUCAAGCACAAUUUAGAACUGUCAUUGCUUUAAUUGAUGAGCGAGGAGGAAAAACUCUUUAA